CGAAACCCGUCCAUAUCUUACUGUCGUCUCCUUUUCUGUCAGACCGAUUCAUCUGCGUGUUUAUACCCUGGUGUUGAUUCAUAUGAUGGUGUCGAUGGCAUGAUGCCUUCAGUAAGGGAUCAGUUGCUGAAUUCUGGUGCAUUCCAAAGUAUAUAUAUAUAUAUAUAUUAAAUUUACAUUUCCACUACCAGUAAACCAUGUUGUCGUCAAUCUCUGAUGUGUAGAGUUGACAGAGAAGAUUCAAUGUUGUGAUGGUCACACUCUUCUUGAAUAAUGUUUGUGCUGCAUGGUCCUACUCCUUCUGGUGAAAGCAUUUUUAGGACCUUCAAUGAGUUCUUCACUUUUUCUGUUAGUAGUGCUGAGAUUUAGUGGGUUUAACUGAUAUUUGAAAAAUGAUCUUGAUAUAGUGAGUUUAACUGGUAUUUGAAAAGUUUGAAGGGUUGACGGCUUCAGGCACAACAUGCAUUUUCUUGCUGUGGUACAACCUGGGCUCAAAACAUCAUUUUCUGUCUAAUGCUUCAAUUAAACCUCUUUUUUAGUCUACUCUCUUAACCUCAUUUCUUUAAACUCUCUUUUGAAAUAGUUUCGAACUAAUGAUUCAAGAAAAUUUCAAAACCUAUUGCACUUGUUCAGUCCAUCGAUCAAACUUCACAAAACAUAGACCUGAUACUAAUCAACUCAUAAGUUGCACGCUAUCCUGCCUCCCCUCCCCUCGAGACCGCUCGCCACACAGCCUAAUCGCCGGCCCUAACCCGGAAGGAUUCCGCCCACGAUUUUCUUUUCUAAAAUGUUUGACACCUGUGUUUUAUAAUUCCAGUGCCCAUCAGGUUCAAUUUAAGGUACUCUUUAGAUCUGAAGUUUGUACUGGAGUUGCUGUUGGUUCAUUCAUAUUCGUUCAGUACUGCCUCUGAAUUUUGGUUCUGCAAGUCUUUAGACCUCUUAUCUUUGCUAUGACUAGAUUAUAGGAGAAUUUUCUGAAAAAAUAGAUAGAGAGGGUGUAUAUCUGAUCCAGCAAGUUGCAGGAUGAUGCUGAGAGUUUUCAAACACCAUUAGGUUAUUAGCAAUCCUUUGUCAAUAUUUGCCAUUGUUGGAUAUUCACAAAAUUCAGGAAUGUAUGUUGUCAAAAGAUUUUAAACCCUUGGUCAUCGGGCUGUGAUCAUAUUACCCUUUGUUAUCCGACUGGAGCUAUUGUUGAAUAUUAUUGACGAGUGUUUUGCUAUUUUGGAUUGUCUUCCAAUAUUUGUUGUUUGAGCUGUUGUGCUUGUUAGUGGAAUGAUAUCUAGAAUUAUGCUGAUUGGGGGUGCAUCCAGAGAACUGUAUUCUAAAAGACUAAACACCUGGAAAUUAGUAUUGAUGGAGACCAUUUAAUAUUUAAUAUCUCUAUAGGGAGGUUGCUCUGAGGAGAACUGAAUGGAGUUGCACCAACCAAAAUGCUCAAUUGGACACAUGCUUCCAAACGUGUAAACAAUAGUUAUAUGACCCUCGAUCGGUAUCACGAUCGUGAAUCCUCUCUUGGCCGUUGUUUCAAAUUUUUUUACAGAAGUCUUCGAACCUUUUUAGUAGGUGAAUUUUGGAGUGAAACUCAAUAAAUAUUUUGUUCUUUUAGCUAUGUACUCAGUUGUAUCUACUGGUGAUUCUUCCCCAUUCAGUGAGAAGGAUGAUUACGAGGUCGUCCGGAAAGUAGGCAGUGGGAAAUACAGUGAAGUCAUAAGAGCGUUUAAAUCACUAAAGUAGUGAUCUAAACACUCUUAUAUUUCUUUACAGCAGGUAGUAGUCGCCGGCUCACAAACACAAAGUAAUGCGACUUACUUACUCAUCUGCUUCUUACUCUAAACUAUUGGGACUCACUAAAGAAUUUGCAGCGACAACAUAUAUGGUGAUAUCCAACGAAGCUUGUUUGGCUGUCUAUUCUCGAUUAAUGCAGAGGCCCGAAGCCGAACUCAUUCAUGGUUCUAUCUUUUAGAUACAUGACAGAGAAUCAACAAAUUCACUUCGAUCUGUUUGAUGCAGAGUGUACAGAAAGUGACUGUUGACUGGUAGACUGUUGAAUAUACGUGCAAAUACAUAUUUAUAUUGGGUAUUUUAUUGCUUAAUAUAGUAAGAACCAGAUAUUGUUACUGUCUGCCCACUAAGAUCUCCAAACCACACCUUGUUGAUGCAUGUGAAGUUACAUGUUAGUAGUUUCUUGGUUAUUCCUUGGCUAAUAUGCUGGAUUAUUCUGCGUACAUGUGUUAUAUCUUCUUACUUGCAUGCUUGUUUGUCUUGACAGAUGGCAACUUCUUUGGGGUUGUGUCAGCAAGCUUUAUUCAACUUCUUUGGAAUGUCGUAGGAUAAUUGCCAUGAUUUAGCUUUAGAUUCCCACAUGUUUCUUGAUCUGAGUGUAUGCUCAUGUGGUAGUUAAUUAUUUGGUUCCAUGACGAGGACUAUGGAGAUCAAGUUGCACACUAUCAAGAGGCCUUCUCCAGAGGACAUGAUGAGGUGCUCGAGCAAUACAAGUGCGCACAGAUACGCCCCAAGAGGCAUCAGGAGUCGAUUUCGGACCUGUAGGAGUCACGUCUGGUGGUUCCGAGUUGGUCGAAGCACUUCCCGAUCCAUUCCGUGGUUAGGAGAUGAGCAAGCCAUGGAUGAAACAGAAGGAGCUGGACGAACAUCGCUACUGGAACCACACAGGCGAGCAAGAUAAGAAUUUCUUCAAGGUUAUGAUUGGCGACUUCCAUGAGAGAAUGAUCAUACCAGAUAAGUUUGCCCAACAUUUCAGGGGGCAAAUAGGGCGAACUAUUAAGCUAGCAUCACGCCAUGGCUAUACUUCUGAUGUUCAGAUUACCAAGAAUUUGGCGAAACUAGUCCUUGAUUCUGGAUGGAAGGCGUUUGCUCGCGCCCAUAACUUGAGAACGGGGGACUUUCUUGUGUUCAAGUAUGAUGGCAACUCUGAACUGAAGGUUUUGAUCUUUGGCCCGAGCGGUUGCGAGAAAAUUCCGGCGUGCAAUCUCAUGAAAAAUGCUGCUCCUGCUAAAGAAUGGUGGGGAAACACUGCUAGCAUUGUAAACACUUGUCACAAUCUUCCCAUGAAACUUCCACAUAGUGGAAAACAAAUUAGGCCAAGCAAGGAUAGCUCAAGGCAGGGGAAUGACAUCAUCAAUGUCAGCUCGUCGAGCUCUCCAUCAGAAUCAGCAGGAGGUGUUUCAUCUUCAGAAGAUGAUCAUUCCCUCUCAGGUUGUAUCCUGGCAAAGGGCACCCUCUUGAAUCUAAAUCAUCUGCAGAAGAAGCAACUUGAAGAAAAAAUCCGAGCUAUGAAUUCCGAAAUCCCCAUUUAUGGGUGUGUCAUAAGGAAGAGCAGUAUUUAUGGAAAAACCCGCACCCUUGAAAUAUCAAGAAAAUAUGCUGAAGUAUACCUUCCAUUUGUGGAACAAAUGGUGACCCUUCAGCACCAUGGCAAGAAGUGGGAAGUGCGGUGUUGUGUUAAGAACAAAAAAUCCAAAAGGCUUAUGAGAGGGUGGAUGCAUUUUGUGCGUGGCAAUAACUUGCAGCUGGGAGAUGUCUGCCUCUUUGAGCUACUGAGAAACAAGAAGAAGUAUGUGAUGAAUGUCCAUAUCAUUCGCAAAUCCCUUUAGAAGAGGAAAUGAGCAUCUGAUGAAAAGCUGGCCACAAGAUUCAAGAAACAGAAGUAGCAAAAGGAGUUUUGGGUAAGGCCAGAAGAGUGGAGCCCUGACAAUAUACUGAAGCAAAGAGCUCAGAGUUCAUAAUAAAGCUCAAGUCCAGUUAGUUUCAGCUGCCUUUUGUGUUAUCAUGGAUGUAAUAUUUUUAAAACCUUAUGUUUAAGUGGAUGAACUGUAGUGUCAGACAGGAAAAUAUUAUGUUAGAGGUUAUUGCAUGGAUGUACUGCUGGUUAUGUCAA